GUGACGUGGCUGCGUUGACCAAUAGCGUCGCAGUUCAGAGGUCGCAGCCGAGCGGAAGUUGUUGGCUGCUUCUGCAAAGUGCGGGCAGCUUUUUAAGACUAACGCGCCUCUAAACGUGUUGUAGCCCUUUGACAUCGUAAAGGGAAAACGUGAAAAUGUUCAAAAUGUGCGCAAAUAGAAGUCGGCACGUCCAGGGAAAUGAUUUUCACCGGCGUCGCCUCUGAAGAAGAGGAUAAGCUGACGUAAAGAAACCCCGGAAGUGUUGUUAAAGCUCCCAGCAGCCACAGACGCAAUGAGUGCCAAAUAUGGCCUGGUGAGCUACAACAGUUCACGGAAGCACCUUUCGAUCUCCAUCCCGUCGUCUACGGAGGUGAUGUCGCCCCACAUAAAGUCCGUGGAGGAGCUGCGGGUCCUGGGAAUCAACCUGAGCAGCUUCAGUACCCCCACACAGUUCUUGAUCUGCGUGGCUGGAGUCUUCCUCUUUUACCUCAUCUAUGGCUACCUGCAGGAGUUGAUAUUUUCCGUGGAAGGAUUCAAGCCUUUUGGUUGGUACCUCACUCUCGUCCAGUUUGGCUUCUACUCCAUGUUUGGUCUAGUGGAGCUUCAGCUCACACAGGACAAACGCAGAAGGAUACCAGGGAAGACCUACAUGAUCAUAGCAUUUCUAACAGUGGGCACUAUGGGCCUGUCUAAUACCUCUCUGGGUUACUUGAACUACCCGACACAGGUCAUCUUCAAGUGCUGUAAACUCAUCCCGGUCAUGAUUGGAGGAGUGUUUAUACAAGGUAAACGCUAUAAUCUUGCUGAUGUGUCUGCUGCUCUCUGCAUGAGCCUGGGACUCAUCUGGUUUACGCUAGCUGACAGCAAAGUGGCCCCCAACUUCAACGUCACAGGUGUUCUCCUCGUCUCCCUGGCACUUUGUGCUGACGCCGCCAUUGGAAACGUGCAGGAGAAAGCAAUGAAACUCCAUAAUGGCUCCAACUCUGAAAUGGUGCUGUACUCGUACUCCAUCGGUUUUGUCUACAUACUGACAGGCCUGCUCUGUGUGGGUGGGCUGGGACCGGCAGUGGCAUUCUGCUCAGAACAUCCCGUGAAGACGUACGGUUAUGCGUUCUUGUUCUCUCUUACGGGUUAUUUUGGCAUCUCCUUCGUGCUGGCCUUGAUCAAGCUCUUCGGUGCCCUGGUUGCAGUGACAGUGACCACCGGCAGAAAGGCCAUGACUAUCGUACUCUCCUUCAUGUUCUUCGCAAAACCUUUCACUUUUCAGUACAUCUGGGGCGGCCUUCUGGUACUCUUUGGCAUCUUCUUGAAUAUCUACAGUAAAAACAAAGAUAAAAUGAAGCUCCCUUCCAUCAUGGACCUCAAGAGCUGGCUGCUGACAGGAAAGAAAGUCCGAUUUCUCUCACAAAACGUAUAGGAGGCACCCACGGGCGUAGCGGAAGUCCUGCGCUGGCUGGCUGACUGUCUGUCUGUUCAGAUGUAGAGCUGGCCCACCUGUCUCUGCAGGUAUGCUGAAGCACGAGCCCGAGCUACGAGCGCGAGCUACAAGCCUCUUCACCACCGACAUUGAGCCAAGGAUUAAUCCAGGAUCGGUGAUGGAGUUGCUGGGUAAUAUCUCUAUCUACCAGUACACCACUCGCUUAAAUUACUCAAACUCUGUGCAGCAAACCGAAGGAACUGUAACUCUUUUUUACAAGGGGAUCAAUGUUAGUGGGCUUUUUAAAAGCAAUGCUUCAUAGCCCCACAGAAACAUUCCCAACAUGGAGGACAACACUGAGGACUCUUUAAAGGGAACCAGCGCCUUAGCAAACCAAAUCGCACACUUUUGCACUGGAAAUGACUUGUACACUAAAGUGUGGCUGGGAAGUGAAAUGUUAUGAAGAGAGUACAAAGCGACAAGCAUAUAUGUCGUGUCUGAAGUGAAUGUUUGUCCCACCACCACCCUAAAUGAAAAAUUACAUACUGAUAAAAAAAAAAGAAGGUAUAUUUGUCCUCCGCAUGUGCCACAAAGACUGAACAGAACAUAGUUUUAAAUAAUCAUUGUCUUGAUGAAAGUUGCUUUUUUUUCAUAGUUUAUUGGUCAUUUAUAUCUGACUGUGACCUAAUUCGUGAAAAAUGUGUCAUGUGGUGACAUUUUGGAGAAUGUGGAGACAUUUGCUCCUCUGUACAUCAAAAAUGUCAACUGCCAAAAUUUGCUAACCAUUGUUUGGGUGAAAGGGUACAACUCUUUUUACAUGAAAACAAACUGAGGUG